AUGAAAAUAACAGAGACUUCAAAAGAAAGAUUAAAGAUUGAACAUAGUGAUAGAAAUAAAGAAUGGACAUUGGGAUUCGUUAUUGCUUUGGUUGGGUUCCUUCCAUUCUUUAUGCAUUCGGAGGGUUGGUUUCUCUUUUGUGGAAAGUAUCUUUUCUUGGCAACGUUUAUACUGAUGGGUCUGCUCAAUGUUCGCGAUGAAUUCAACAUGACGCUCGACCUACAAAAGAAAGAGAUCACAAUGAACUAUCGUAAUAUUAUCGAUAUCAUCAAGCGCCAACCCGGAAUGGAUUUGGUAUUCGAUUUGAGUCGAUUGACUCACGCCUACGUACAGGAACAGGUACACGAGAAGAAGAAACUUCAAAAGAUAUUCUUGAUGUUGGACGGUAGUCUGAGUAUUCCAUUGUCAGACACACUCUAUUUCGAUGUAAAGUUUGCAGAUAACAUUGCAGGAACAAUAAACAAAUGGCUAAAGGAGAACAAAGUUGGUUCUCGUUUCACUGAUACCGAUAGUGAUGAGGAUGGUGCUCAAACAACCAAGAGGAGACUCAAAAAUAAGUAUUAA